UUUGGCUGAUUGUUAGGGCUCCUAUUUCUCUGAAUAUAUGUUGCUCUAGCUGUGACACUGCAGUGCACAGUUGUUGAAAAGAUAAUUAAGUUGUCCUUCAUUUAGUUAAUUGCCUAAGUGAAGCUGUUUGGAAAAAGAACGGCAUUGCCCAGCUCUGCCAGUUAAUGAUCUAGCACACAAAGAGAAAACCAGUUACUGUUUCUUUCACCUCAGAAAACCAAUACAUAAAAAUUUUACAUAAUCUGGAUGACAUUUUAUGAGUACUACAAGUUGCUGCAGUUUGCAAGGACUUCCAUACUUUAACCUCAUCUUUUGGUUGUUUGUGAUAUAGAAUUUAAGAUACCCACUACUCUGAGAAGCUGCUGUACACCCCAUAUAAUCCCUAGCUGCAAGUUCUUCCUUAGUGUCCUUGCACUACAAAAAAGAAAUUCCAUUGCUUGUGUUGUGAUAGAGGGCUCUUUCUUCAAGACAUCAUUUCUUUAAGUGUAUUUUCCAAACAACCUGUGUCUAACAGCGUUAAAGUGAAAGCCGAGCUGCCUUGCACGUGUCUGCAGCAUUGCAGAAGAGAACAAAUCUGAGGGCAUUAGUGCAUGAGUGAGUGUGUAUUUGGACUGGUCUCUCUGUAGCAGUUGAGGCAGGGUUACAGAAGAGCCAUUGAUCAAAUCUGCACAGCUACUCACACUUGCAGGCUCAGACAUACACACAACGCACAUCUUCAGCCUUAAUACACAAUGUGGUCUGUCCGAAGCUCUGGCCUCUGCUGCCUCCUCCCUGGAUCUUUCUCGCUGACUCUGCACAGCCUAGUCCUGGUCCUGCUCUUCAUCACUCCCCGCUGUCAAGCAGUGCAAGCAGAGAAUGUGACAGUCCUGGAGGGAGGCACUGCCCAGAUCUCCUGUCGCCUGCAGAACUACGAUGGCUCAAUCGUGGUCAUCCAGAAUCCCCGCCGGCAGACUCUGUUCUUCAACGGCACACGAGCUCUGAAGGACGACCGUUUCCAGAUGGUGCUCUUCACGCCGCAGCUGGUGCGCAUCACCCUGACUAACGUCAGCGUGUCGGAUGAGGGAGGCUACUUCUGCCAGCUUUACACGGAUUCCACACACCACCAGGUGGCGACGCUCUCGGUUUCCGUCCCCCCAGAAACCCCCAUAGUGGAGGUGAAGCAGCAGGCUGUUGAAGGGGGCGAGGCUGAGCUCACCUGCGUGUCGCCACGCAGCAAGCCGGCUGCCACUCUACGCUGGAUGCGCAAUGGCCGGGAAAUAUCAGGUGUUCUAUCGCAGCAGGACAAUGGAAAGACAUUCAGCGUGUCCAGCACCAUCCGCAUCCCGGUGGAGAGGAAAGAUAACGGGGCGGCACUGAACUGUGAGGCACUCCACCCAGCACUGAGCGGCCAAAAGAGGGUUCGACAUUAUCGGCUGGACGUGUAUUUUGCUCCUACAGUGCGAAUUGUUCCUCCCACAGGGAUCUUGCGUGAGGGUGACUCUCUCAGCCUCACCUGCUCUGUCACUGGGAAUCCUUUACCAAGAGAAAUCCUGUGGUCCAAGAUUAACGACACCUUACCUGAAAGAGCAGAGAAAUCUGGACCCACUCUUCAGUUUUCCCGCCUCAGCCAAUCACACAAUGGAACAUACUUGUGCCAAGCCCAGAACAACUUUGGUCGUGCCGCUGAUCAUUACACCCUGUUGGUGUAUGAGAAUGUGUCAAUCACUACGACGGUCCCCACUACUCCUCCCUCUCCCACCACCCAACCUACCACCCAUCCUACCACCACACUCAUUUUGCCUAAAAGAAUCGCUCAGGACCCAAAAGACCCCGGCGCAGUGGUUGAGACUCACAGCGCAGUCCCUUAUGCAGUGAUAGGAGGCGUUCUGGCCCUGCUGGUUUUCACUGUCAUCUGUGUCCUCAUUGUCACCAUCUGGUGUUCUGUCCGGCAGAAAGGUUCCUAUCUCACCCAUGAGGCCAGCGGUUUGGACGAACACGGCGAGGUGCAGGAGGCCUUCCUCAAUGGGAACGAUGCCAGCCAGGGCAAGAAGGAGUACCUACUGUAGCCCUUCUUUUUGUUAAUCCCUUCUCUUCUGACCUCAUACCCCUACCCUUCCCUCCCUCUGCCUCCAACCUUAUAUACAGUAUAUAUAUAAAUAUAUAUACACGCACACAUACAUACUCACCCACACACACACACACACACCCUCCGAUACAAUUCGCCAUAACAGGCAGCCUUCUGAAAGCGACUGUACUGCACAUAGCCAAUCCAUCACACUCCAUUCCACUCCAUCUCCUCCAUAUACACUUGUAUAACCCACUAGACAGGCCGAGAGAUGGGGAGCCUCUCGGCCCCACCAGACAUCAACGACUGUGCCAUAUACAGUACUGUAAGUCCCGGAACGCUGGAGCGAGCGAGAAAGCGGCGACAGAGUGAAGUGAAUGUAGGCAAAAGCGAAAUGAUCCUGUAAUUAUUUAGAUCGAGAAGGACGAGGGCCACACAAUGAAAAGUGGCCCCUCUCUGCCUCGCCUGUGCAGCCUCCAAAGUGGAAGGGGAAUUAGAGGCAGAUGACUGCUGUAAUUCACCGCCUGGAGAAUAGAAGAAUCUAUUUUACGAAGCUCAAUCUCUAACUGAAGGAGACUGCAGGAGAGCUGGACAGGGAGGGAGGGGGAGGAGGUGGGAGAGAGGAGACUUGAGUAGAAACUACUUUGAGCUUGAUGGUAAAUUACAGAGAUCUUUUGAAAUCACAGUCGCAUCUCAUUGACGGAGCACAGUUUGUUGUAAUUCCCUACCAAAGCCACAGGAAGUAUCCAGACUUUAGCAAUAAGCUGAAUGUCUUUUCAGAAUGUUUUGCUUUUUGCUCUAAUAGGAGUUCCAGAUACAUGUAAAAAUACUCAGCCUGUUACCCCCCCUACCUUUUAGUACACGAAUGAAAUAAAGAAACGUGGUUCUUUCUAUCUGGUCUUUACAUUCUCUCCUUUACCCUGUUACCAUUCUUUCUCUCUCUUACGCUCCUCUCAGUGUUUCCCCCCUUCUAUAGUUCCCAUGUUGUUGGCCCAGUAAUAAUGAAAGGAUUAGCGUUAGGCUGCGUUCCCAAGAACGAAGAAAGGAAUAUGACUUGCAGAGGAAUUAAAGAGAAGCUUAAUUGUUUUAGAAUGCCAUUAAGAGGAUGAAAAAGGUU